UGAAAGGUCAUGCCACAUGCCAGUCAGUUAAAUCAUAAAGAAAUAGCUGAAAUUCAAAAUGUUAGUUUCAUUCAAGUAUAAUUUAGUUUCGUAGAAUAAAAAUAAGCAUUGUGUAUUUGUUUGUGGGGUUGUUAGGAUUCAGAUUUUAUCAUUUGACCUUAGCAAGGGUUCCAUCCUCAACCGCUAGGUGUAGAGUUCAUCGUUACUUGCUGCGGGCGGGUGUGAUAACAUUUCACGUGUUUUCCUAUCAAAACUACCUAGCUGUACUAUCUGUAAUUGCCAGUAAAAGCAAUGACAUCGCUUGACGACUAUCAGUUUUUACAAUCUCUGAAAGGGAAGCGCCUUAAAUUAAAAACGAACGAUGAAUCUUUCAUCGGCGUUGUUCAACGUAUCCUGAACAAAACCAUAAUCUUGGAAGAUGUGAAAGCAAUCAAAAGUAGCAGACAACACGCCGUGAGACACUUUCACGGACGUGAAAUUUUGGGUGUGGAGUUUCUUCGUAGCACAGAGCAUAUAAAUGGAAGCAACACGGAGGCAGUCAAUGGAGAAGGGAACCUGACCAUAGCCGAAUAUCAGCCUUAUAAAUUGGAUAUAUUGCAAGAGAAAGAUGAUGAUGAAUAUGUCAACUAUGUUGUCAUCAAUGAAUUCCAUCAGAAGUUCCUCCCAGCUGUAAUGGAGAUUCAGCGGCAGAAGGUCAUCGGCGUGGGAGCUGAUGGAAUUGGAGGCGUUUAUCUUGAGAGACUCUGCUGGCUUCAGAUUGCUACCAAGAACAGAGUCUUCCUCUUUGAUAUGUUGGCACUUGGGGCCAUUGCCUUCAAAAAUGGUUUGACCAAGAUCCUUGCAAAUGACCGCAUACUGAAGGUUGCCCAUGACUGUCGCAGACUGGCUGCUUGCCUGAUUGCUCUAUAUGGUGUGAAGCUCAUGAAUGUUUUUGACACACAGGUAGCAGAUUUCCUGCACUUCUACAGACAGACAGGUGGACUGAUCCCAGACCGGGUCAGCACCAUGCAGGAGGUGGUGAGCCUCCACCUGGGCAUGCCGGCCUCUCACCUGUCCUCUCUCAACAUCAAGUCUCGACUCUCCAAGGAAGAUCGCGAGGUGUGGUACAUGCGACCCUGUCCAGAGCCGCUGCUGAAGCUCAUGGCUCUGUCAGUCAUCCACCUGCUACCGCUACGUCAGAUGUUACUGGGUGCCCUCUUGUCCGACUACACAAGCCUGGUGGACUCUUACCUGGCCAGCGUCCUCUUCCAGCCAGUGCAAAUGCAGGACAUUGGCCAGCAGGACAGCGGUCUAGAGCUCUCUCCCGAGCUGUGUGAGCUGGAGCAGAUGCAGCAGGAGCGGCAGGCGUUGGCGCUGGAAUACUACCCCUCCACCACUGAGGGCCGGCUGGUGCGCUUCAUGCCCCGCUCCAACUCCAACUCCAGCACCUCUGCGGAGGCUGCGGAGGCCUCCUCGUCCCACUCCCACACCAGCUCUCAUGACGAGUCCAGUCCACUAGCAGCAGGUUCCACCGAGGCCCCGCACGGGCCCACGCCACCCUCUGGUAGUCCCACACCGACACCCACACCCUACGCCACUCCUCCCUCUCAUACUCCAGAUACAUCCACCCCUCAUCCACCGACUCCCCAUGCAAUGACUCCCCAUGCACCGACUCCCCAUGCAAUGACUCCCCAUGCACCGACUCUUGUGGCUCAAACUGGUUGUGCACCCACUCCUUGUGGCUCAAACAGCACUGAACUCCCCACUCCAUACCAGACCCCUGGCAUCACUGUACCCACCCCUGGCAUCACCAUACCCACCCAUCACCCUGGCAAUGCACCGGCUGUUAAUCUCCCCGCCGAAGCUGUUCUCUCGUACCCUCCAAACCAAAGCCAGGGUGCCAAAACUCCGGUACUUGCUCAGACCAUUUUGUCCAUGAAGCCUCGAGUCCUUUCCACAGCAACCCCGAAAAUGGAGGCACUGCCCAAACAGUGGCCCCAGACAUUUCCCCCAGAGAGCUCUGCAUCUUCCUCCCCAGCUCGUCUCCUUGAGGUCGUCAUGGACACCAUGGCCCAGUCGACUUACACGGCUGCAGAGGGUGCCGGUCAGUCCAGCAUCGGCUCCUACUUCAACCUGGGCAGAGGCCUACAGCUACAGAGGGCUGCCUUCAGCAACCAGGUGCAGCAGCACACUGUUAUAGUGCCACCGAGCCCCACCAGUAAAGUAGCAGGGUCAAAGGGUUCGGUCGCCUCCUCCGACGCCUCCUUGAAGCCGAUGGCCGCCAUGGCAGGGGUGGCCCAGAAGAUUGGCGCAGGUAAACCAAGUGCGACGCCCCCUCUUGACAAAGAGAUGGUCUUGCAGAAAGGUCCUAUCCGCCCGUCUGCUCUCAGUCUUGCGUUCAGUUCCUUCAGAAUGGCAAGCUAAGUUGGGAAGUUGAUAAGGAAUCAUGGGUGUCAAUCAGCGUGGUGAUAGUUUAGUAUUUUUUUUAUUUUCCCUGUUGUUUUGCUCUUUAGCAUUAAAUUGGCCCUGAAUUGGCCCAGUUGUUUACUACUAGUUGAUUGUUCUUGAUGCAGAGAAGUUACCUAAUUGGAGACCGUUUCAAGGUUCUGGUGCUUUCUUAUGGUGUGUCACCAGAAAGAAUGUUUUCAGAAAGAAUAUCUUCAAGCUGUACCUGUGUUGCUUUCCUUGCCAUUAAAGGGGAGCAGAAGGUUGUACAAAAGCAAAUUUGUUAUCUUGAGAAAAGAUACGAGUCCUCUGUCGCUUCUCUAGAGCUAGUUGCACAAGUGCUGCAGUAGCCUUUAAUCGUCUUCUCCAUUGAAUCAUAUUUUGUUAAUUUUGUCAUAUUUUAGUGCUUUGCCAAUCACUAAAGCUCCGAACCAUAUUUUGAAGCUCAAGCUCAAAACCAUACAUUGAAUAAAAAUAAAAAUUUCUCUCU